GGCGGGCGGGGCGGGGCGGCGAGUGCGGGCGCCGGGCGCACACCGGCCGGCGGGGCUGACGGGGGCGGCCGGCGAGGCGCGGGCCGCCGAGGCCGAGGAGCCGGAGGCUUCCGGGGCGGCGGAGCCGAGGGUCCGAGGGCGAGGGCCGAGGAGCCGAGAGCGCGGGCAGCCGGCGCGCGGACCGUGAGGGCACGCGGUCCGCCGGCCCGUCGCCGUCCCCCGUCCGCGUCCCCGUCCGCGUCCCCGGCUCCGCUCCCCGGCCCCGCGCGGCCCGGGCGGAGGACGCGGCGGGAGGAUGUCGGCGGGCGGCCGCGACGAGGAGCGGCGGAAGCUGGCCGACAUCAUCCACCACUGGAACGCCAACCGGCUGGACCUGUUCGAGAUCAGCCAGCCCACCGAGGAUUUGGAGUUCCAUGGAGUGAUGAGAUUUUAUUUUCAAGAUAAAGCUGCUGGAAACUUUGCGACAAAGUGUAUCCGGGUCUCUAGUACGGCCACCACUCAAGACGUCAUCGAGACGCUCGCAGAGAAGUUCCGGCCUGACAUGCGAAUGCUGUCUUCUCCCAAGUACUCGCUCUAUGAGGUGCAUGUCAGCGGAGAAGAAAGAAGAUUGGAUGUAGAUGAGAAACCCCUAGUUGUACAGUUGAAUUGGAAUAAAGAUGAUCGAGAGGGCCGAUUUGUCCUUAAGAAUGAGAACGACGCCUUUCCUCCUAAGAAGGCUCAAAGUAACGGACCUGAGAAGCAGGAGAAAGAAGGCGUCAUCCAGAACUUCAAGAGAACUCUCUCAAAGAAGGAAAAGAAGGAGAAAAAGAAGAGAGAAAAAGAAGCAAUGAGACAGGCGUCUGAUAAAGAUGAUAGACCCUUCCAAGGGGAUGACAUUGAGAAUUCUCGACUGGCUGCCGAGGUUUACAAAGACAUGCCUGAAACCAGCUUCACCCGGACUAUUUCCAAUCCCGAGGUGGUUAUGAAACGGCGGAGGCAGCAAAAACUGGAGAAGAGAAUGCAGGAAUUUCGGAGCUCAGAUGGGCGACCUGAUUCGGGUGGAACACUGAGAAUUUAUGCAGAUAGUUUAAAACCAAAUAUCCCCUACAAGACAAUCCUGCUGUCUACUACAGACCCUGCAGACUUCGCAGUGGCUGAAGCUCUGGAGAAGUAUGGUCUGGAAAAAGAAAACCCGCAGGAUUACUGCAUUGCCCGUGUCAUGCUUCCUCCUGGAGCCCAGCAUUCUGAUGACAAAGGCGCUAAAGAAGUCAUCCUGGAUGAGGAUGAGUGUCCUUUACAGAUCUUCAGGGAGUGGCCGGGUGACAAAGGGAGUUUGGUCUUUCAGUUGAAGAGGAGGCCCCCGGAUUACAUCCCAAAGAAAAGUAAGAAGCACGGCGACGGGAAGCUGGCGAAGGGGAAGGAGAGGGCGGACGCGGCCAGCUACGGCUCUGCGCUGCCGCCCGACAAGCUGCCCUACCUCGUGGAGCUGAGCCCGGGGAGAAGGAAUCACUUUGCCUACUACAACUAUCACACUUACGAAGACGGUUCUGACUCCAGAGAUAAGCCCAAGCUUUACCGCCUUCAGUUAAGCGUGACUGAGGUUGGGACGGACAAGGUGGAUGACAGCUCCAUCCAGUUGUUUGGUUCAGGAAUUCAGCCCCAUCACUGUGACCUCACGAACAUGGACGGAGUUGUCACCGUCACUCCGAGAAGCAUAGAUGCAGAGACCUACGUGGAAGGACAGCGCAUCUCAGAGACGACCGUGCUGCAGAGUGGGAUGAAGGUGCAGUUUGGGGCAUCCCACGUGUUCAAGUUUGUGGACCCCAGCCAGGACCACGCGCUCGCCAAGAGAUCCGUGGACGGAGGCCUCACGGUGAAGGGUCCCAGACAUAAGCCUGGAGUUGUUCAGGAGACGACUUUUGACUUAGGAGGAGAUGUUCACAGUGGAACAGCAUUGCCAACGAGCAAGAGCGCCACGAGACUGGACAGUGACAGAGUGCCGUCUGCCUCCAGCACAGCCGAGCGAGGGAUGGUGAAGCCAAUGGUCAGAGAACAGCAGCAGGAUUACCGCCGGCAGGACAGCAGAACUCAGGAUCUUCCUGGGCCUGAGCUCAUAUUGCCUGCAAGCAUUGAAUUCAGGGAGAGUGCUGAAGAUUCAUUUUUAUCUGCCAUUAUCAAUUACACGAAUAGCUCUACAGUCCACUUUAAGCUGUCCCCUACGUACGUGUUAUACAUGGCCUGUCGGUAUGUAUUGUCGAGCCAGUACAGGCCCGACGUCAGUCCCACGGAGCGGACGCACAAGGUGAUUGCGAUCGUCAACAAGAUGGUGAGCAUGAUGGAAGGGGUGAUCCAGGAAGUAGACCAGGUUGAUCAGAAACAGAAGAACAUUGCAGGGGCUCUUGCUUUCUGGAUGGCAAACGCAUCUGAGCUUCUCAACUUCAUCAAGCAGGACCGAGAUCUCAGUCGAAUCACAUUGGAUGCCCAAGAUGUUUUAGCACACUUGGUUCAAAUGGCGUUUAAAUAUCUGGUUCACUGUCUUCAAUCAGAACUGAAUAAUUAUAUGCCAGCCUUUCUGGAUGACCCGGAAGAGAACAGUCUGCAAAGACCGAAAAUAGACGAUGUCCUGCACACGCUCACGGGCGCCAUGUCUCUGCUGCGACGCUGCAGAGUGAACGCCGCGCUGACCAUCCAGCUCUUCUCUCAACUCUUCCACUUCAUCAACAUGUGGCUGUUCAACAGACUGGUGACGGACCCCGAGUCGGGACUGUGCUCCCACUACUGGGGGGCGAUCAUCCGCCAGCAGCUGGGGCACGUUGAGGCAUGGGCAGAGAAGCAGGGCCUGGAGUUGGCUGCCGACUGUCACCUCAGCAGGAUAGUGCAGGCAACCACUUUGCUCACGAUGGAUAAGUAUGCACCUGAGGACAUCCCCAACAUAAACAGCACUUGCUUUAAGUUAAAUUCCCUGCAGCUUCAAGCCUUGUUGCAGAAUUAUCACUGUGCGCCCGACGAGCCCUUCAUCCCAGCGGAUCUGAUAGGAAGCGUAGUGGCUGUGGCUGAGAACACGGCUGACGAGCUGGCGCGCAGUGAUGGCAGGCAGGUGCAGCUGGAAGAGGAUCCUGACCUGCAGCUGCCUUUCCUUCUGCCAGAAGAUGGCUAUUCUUGCGAUGUCGUCAGAAACAUGCCAAACGGUUUACAAGAGUUUUUAGACCCUCUGUGCCAGAGAGGAUUUUGCAGGUUAAUUCCUCAUGCACGUUCACCAGGUACCUGGACAAUAUAUUUUGAAGGUGCAGAUUAUGAAAGUCACCUCAUGCGUGAGAACACAGAACUGGCUCAGCCUCUGAGGAAGGAACCGGAAAUAAUCACCGUGACGCUGAAGAAGCAGAAUGGGAUGGGCCUCAGCAUCGUCGCAGCAAAGGGCGCCGGGCAGGAUAAACUCGGAAUCUACGUCAAGUCUGUCGUGAAAGGAGGUGCUGCGGAUGUGGAUGGACGGCUCGCCGCUGGUGACCAGCUGCUCAGUGUGGAUGGACGAAGUCUGGUAGGACUCUCUCAAGAAAGGGCAGCAGAACUCAUGACAAGAACAAGUUCCGUGGUGACACUGGAAGUAGCAAAGCAAGGAGCGAUUUAUCACGGUCUUGCUACCCUGCUCAAUCAGCCGUCCCCGAUGAUGCAAAGAAUUUCAGAUCGCCGUGGCUCAGGUAAACCCCGACCAAAGAGCGAAGGUUUUGAGCUCUACAAUAAUUCAGCUCAGAAUGGGUCACCGGAGAGCCCGCAGCUGCCGUGGGCAGAAUACAGUGAACCAAAGAAACUGCCCGGCGACGACAGGCUGAUGAAGAAUCGAGCUGACCACCGCUCCAGCCCCAACGUAGCAAAUCAGCCUCCUAGUCCUGGAGGGAAAAGUACGUACGCCCCUGGAACGACGGCCAAGAUCACGUCUGUCUCUACUGGAAACCUCUGCACUGAGGAGCAGACCCCUCCCCCCAGACCUGAAGCCUACCCCAUCCCCACUCAGACCUACACCAGAGAGUAUUUCACCUUCCCAGCCUCGAAGUCCCAGGACCGGAUGGCUCCUCCUCAAAACCAGUGGCCGAGUUACGAGGAAAAGCCACACUUGCACACAGACAGCAGUCAUUCCAGUUCCGCAAUUCAGCGUGUUACCCGUUCCCAGGAGGAACUCCGGGAAGAGAAAGCUUAUCAGCUGGAGCGGCAUCGAAUAGAGGCGGUUAUGGAUCACAAGUCUGAUAGUGAUAUGUGGAUAAAUCAGAGUUCCUCACUGGGCUCCAGUGCAUCCAGCCAAGAGCACCUGGACCACUCCUCCAAGGCAGGCACCCCUGCUUCCACUCUGACCAAAAGUGGCCCUGGGCGCUGGAAGACGCCAGCGGCUGUGCCGCCCAUGCCCGUGGCUGUCUCCCAGCCUAUUCGAACAGACCUGCCCCCACCACCCCCUCCGCCUCCCGCCCACUAUGCCAGUGAGUUGGACGGAAUCCCCAUGGAUUUGCCUCUCCCACCCCCUCCUUCUGCCAGCCACUUAGGACCUCAGUCUGCCCAGGUGGCUGCUGCAGAGCGGAAGAAGAGAGAAGAGCAUCAGCGGUGGUAUGAGAAGGAAAAGGCCCGUCUAGAGGAGGAGCGGGAGAGAAAGCGAAGGGAGCAGGAGAGAAAGCUGGGCCAGAUGCGCACCCAGGCUCUGAACCCCGCUCAGUUUCCUCCUGCGGCUGUCCAGCAGAUGAAGCCGGAAAAGCCCUCCACGCUCCAGAGGCCCCAGGAGACCGUCAUUCGGGAGCUGCAGCCCCAGCAGCAGCCCCGCACGAUUGAGCGCAGAGACUUGCAGUACAUCACCGUCAGCAGAGAGGAGCUCUCCUCGGGGGACAGUCUCUCUCCAGACCCGUGGAAGCGGGACGCCAAGGAGAAGCUUGAGAAGCAGCAGCAGAUGCACAUUGUGGAUAUGCUGAGCAAGGAGAUCCAGGAACUCCAGGGCAAGCCCGACCGCACUGCGGAGGAGAACGACCGCCUGCGGAAGCUCAUGCUGGAGUGGCAGUUCCAGAAGAGGCUCCAGGAGUCGAAGCAGAAGGACGAGGACGAUGAGGAAGAGGAAGACGACGAUGUGGAUACCAUGCUGAUCAUGCAGCGCCUUGAGGCCGAGCGAAGAGCAAGGCAGACUGCUCUGCCAGCAAUCUCUGUUCUAGAUUUGUUACAGGAUGAGGAGCGGAGACGGCAGCAGCAGCUAGAAGAGAUGCGUAAACGGGAAGCAGAAGACCGAGCCAGACAGGAGGAAGAGCGGCGCCAGCAGGAGGAGGAGCGAGUCAGACGGGAUGCCGAGGAAAAGAGGCGACAGGAAGAAGGGUAUUACAGCCGCCUGGAAGCCGAAAGGCGCAGACAGCACGACGAGGCCGAGCGCAGGCUGCUGGAGCCCGAGGAGCCGGGGCUGGGCCGGCCCCCCCUGCCGCGCGGCUACGAGCCGCCGCCCCCGUCCCCCCCGGCCGGCGCGCCCCCGCCCCCGCCGCAGCGCGGCGCCUCCUUCCUGCAGGCGCAGGCGCUGUCCCCCGACGCCCUGUACACCGCCAAGCUGGUCGCCUACGGCGAGGAGGAGGCGGAGGACGGCAGCCUAGCAGCCGCCCUCGGCCAGCGCCAACAGUACUGCUCACGAAGCAGGCCAGCCCCCGCCCCCUCCAAAAAAGCCAGGCGUCCGCGCGCCCAGCCACUCCCGGGGUCGAGGACCAAACUCUUACACGGGAUCUGCUGGGACAGCCCUCGGUGCCCAUGAUGCUCAUCGGGAUUCAAGAGAGAGACUGUCCAAAAGCCAAGACGCAGAUGCACCUGGAGGUUCUGGGGCCCCUGAAAACUUGACCUUCAAAGAACGCCAGCGCCUCUUUUCACAAGGUCAGGAUGUGUCCAAUAGAGUCAAAGCGUCUCGGAAGUUGACAGAGCUGGAGAACGAGCUGAACACCAAAUGAGGAGGGGGGCGCUGCGGGCAGGGCUUGGAGACGGGAGAGGAGGCUGCGUCCCCAGGUCCCCACCGCUGCCUCCACAAUGUCAGGAUGGAGACGUUCCAGUUCCGAGGAAUUCUAUUUUAUUUUGCCGAGAGAUUGUCCUUUCUACAAUUUAAAUACUAAUUUCCUAAGUCUCUGACUCACAUAAAGGUAACUUUUUUUUAGUUUCUUUUCUGGAGUCUGAGUUUGAAAGGGGACAGAAUGAAGGGCCGUAGAAGAUAAUGAAAUGUUUCUCCUCCCGUCUCUUCCCCAAGGAGCACAAAGAAGUUUCAUUUCUGUUCUUUCUCAAAGACUUUCUUUUAGCUCACGCAGAAUAGCUUGAACCACCCAGACUAUCGUUUGCACUAUUUAGUAGCAACUGCACACUGUUCUCGGGACGAGUCAGGUCUCGCCUCCCCGGGGAGAGGGCUUGCGAGCACGUGCUGUCUGUACGUCGAGCGCAGCCCACGUGGCAGCCCCUCUGGUCUCUGCGUGGUCACGACGCAGGAGGACGAUGCGCACCAGAGACUUUGCUCCAUCUCAUUCCUUGCAGGUACACGCCCGCCUGAUCAAUGCUAAACGUGUGAUUGGAAAGAAUUUCUCCAAGAAGAAAAUGUUGAGGAUUUAAACUUAGGAAAUUUUAUUUUUAUAAAUAUCAGAUUAUUGUUAGACUAAUAAAUCAUUGGUGAUUUUGAAGAUGGCAGUUAAGUUAGAAAGUUAACUAAAUAUUUCAGGUAUUCUAAGGGAAUCUGUGAAAGAAGAUGUCCUUAGCCGCACGGUGUUGCUGUGAAUAGGAACGAAAAUACCUGAGAGGAACCGAGAUUAGCAGCUGACACUCCAGCACAGCUGUUGUUAGAGGUUUUAAAUUUGCAGCACUAGAUUUCCCUUGGUAUGCUGUCAGGGAGCGGAAGGGUUCAACUGCAUAUGACAUCUGUAAUUUAAAUAUUGUAAGAAUAACUCAUGGCAGUUCAAGCUAUUUUUUUACACUCUAAUAGAGUUAUUUAAUUUUCAUUGUUGAAUUAUCAGUCACACUGUCAUUUCUUCAGCUAUGGCUAUGUAGCUGACGUUGGGGAGAUGGACCUCACUUUGUUUAUGUUGUGAUGUUAAAAUGGUAAAUUACUUUGUGAUUACGAGCACAUUUUCUAUUUGACAAAGCCCUGCUGUGGGGUCUGGGUGAUUUUCCUGUACCGUAUUGUUCUCUUACAGCUGUGUAUGUUCAGAGAACGUACACACUUUGAAACAGAAGAGGAAGAGGCUUUCUGGCCUUACGAUCACUUUAAUGAGAGUUGUAUGAGGAAUCAUUAAAAUGCGAGUGUAAAUAUUUUUGUGUCAAUCAGGGUUCUUAUUUGGAAGUGUGCUUUUACUGUUUCCCGUGUUUAAGUAAGAGUAAAAUGCAAGGAAGGACCGGCGUGCUGGCUCCAUGCACGCGGCAAAGUGGGCUCCUCCCCGAGGCCUGGAGAGCGCUGGCCGCCUGGUGGGAUGCGGCCCACCCCUUCUUUAUGGAAAAAGAUGCAGGAGAACGACUCUCCUGUUAAUAUGUGGAAAACAACAAAUACACAUACGUCCGCGCAAACGCAUGUAAAUAGCUACAUCCAGGGACGUUUGUGUGUGUGCCUGUGAGCCCGUAACAGGAGGAUUUGGCCAUCCUUAGAUGAGGUCAAAUGUGAAUACAUGGGAAGUGCUUUUCCUGCCUGUGCGUCACUGUGGAAAACGUCACAACUGCUGUAGUGUCCCUUUCUACUGUAUUUCAUUUGCAGCCUAUUUUUAAUAAACUUUGUAUGUAUUUAA